AUGUCACAUGGCAGCAUUACUCACCAGAUUAUUCUAGACUACUUUGGGAAUAUAUUGAUAAAAAUGAAAAAUAACAUCUUAUUUGCUGCAAGAACUGGCUUGAAAGAAUUAGUAAAGCUUCCUGUGUGGAUAAAUGGAAAGAAAAACAUGACCUAUCCUUUGGAAAUUGAAAUAUUUAGCUCUACAUUUAGCUCUGAAGAUUCUUGCUCUAUUGUAGCUUUUCAACACAGCGUGAUUUGAAUCUACUAUCUGAACAUGGGAGAUGAGGUGACAUUUUUGUUUCUGAUAGCUUUUGAGGAAAAGGUCGCUAUAAGUACAUCUCUGGAAGUCUCCAGGCCAAACGUACUACAACUAGAAAAAAGCAGCAGUUAUGAAGUUGCUCAUGGAAUCUGUGUUAAAAAUGAGGUAUCUUCUAUUUAUGUUGACUGCUCUCCAGGAAGGCCUAUUGUUGUUGAGAUAUCUGUAGAUGUCAUCUGUGAAAAACAUAAUUUCACUACCUACAAAACACCUGGGAAAUUUCUGUGGAACCCAACAGAUGAGGACCAGAUAGCCUAUUAA